AUGGACAAAGAUUGCGAUAUGUAUAUAAGAACAUCUCUGACAUAUACAAAUCUAGAAUUUAAGACCUACGACAACUUUGUUUUCGUUAGUUGCAAAAUGUGUUUGGAAAUAAGAGAUAAAGAUAAAAGAGGUAAAGUAUGGAACGAACAGAUAAAACCAGCAACUUUUGAGUUAAAGAAAACCAUUGACGCCUUAGUUGUUCUAGCAGGUAAGGUUUCAGAAUAUAACGCAAAAAUGAACCCGCAAUGUUCAAAAUGUAAAGCAGCAAUGAGGAAAUAUAACUACUCCGUCAAAGAGAUAGAAAGAAUGAGAAACGACUAUGCUGACUUAAAGAAAGAAGCAGAAAAGCCAGCAGAAAAUAAAAUGGACAUGUUAGAAUUUCUGAACAAAAACUAUCCAACUGCUGACGAUUUCCUUCUAUCUGACGUCAAGAAGAAAUAUAAAGAGACUUUCGGUAUCGUUAAAACUUUUGACAUACUGACAGAAGAAAUAGAAGCUACGAAAUUGUUUAGAAUUUCACGAAUUCACAAUGUUUACCAUGUGAAACGGUUAUAA